CAAUCACAGUCUAUUCACGAAGCGAACCACUACGUAAUAACGAACGAACGCCACAGGCCACAGUCAAAGCCACAGUCGACCGCGCGGGCAGACGCGGCACACGUAUUUAUUACGGCGCAAAAAACUUAACGUUAACUUUCAAAAUUCGAAGUUUACAUCUUAGUAAUGUGAUUGUUUCUUUAAUUUUAAGACUUUCCGUGCCAUAAUAGUGAUGUUCCACUGUGUUAUUUAAGGAAAAAAUAUGGGUGUUCUUCUAAAGUUUAUUCUUGUGAUCGCCGUCUUGCCGUGUGUUUUCGGGCAAGCACAAGAGGAAUGUUUCGGCGCGGGCAGCGUCGCCGGGGCUGCGAUAGGCGCUUUUAUAGCUGCAUUUAUUUUAAUGGGUGCAGCGUAUUACUUGAGAAAAUUAUAUUGGAAAUCCCGCAAAGGCAAGCAUCUAGUCUUCUCAACUGACCCAGAGUCGGUCAAAGAUGAGUUCGCCUUCGACAACCCAGGGUUCAGACAAGAAGAGAAGAACUGGCAGCAUGAGGCACCAACCCUGCCUCUGGGCGGGAAGAAUCACGCCCUGCACGCUGAAUUUACAAAACCAGAACAAAGCAAAGAUGAUUCAUAUUUACAGCGUGCCCGCAUUCGCCGCGUAAAGUUAUGGGCGCGGGACUUCACCGGUUUAGGUCUGACGUGCGGCGGAGGCGCCCGCGACGGUGUGUGUGUUCACUCCGUACUGAGAAGCGGUCCAGCCGCUGCCGCUAAACUGCAGCCUGGCGACAAAAUCAAAAGCAUCAAGAUCGAGUUCACCGGUACACCGCUAGAGGACGCUGUGUCGAUAUUAUCUCUAGCGUCUCCUUACCCGGUGGAGUUGGAAGUCGUUGAGGGGGGUAGAGUCAGCGGGGAGGGGUGGAAGGUCCACCACCCCUUGAUGAAGAGGGCAGGUUCCACGGGCGAUGUUAAUACGCUCGAAAAAGAAGGGAAACUGCUCCAUCCCCCGCACUCGCCUGACACAUCCCAUUCAAACAACUCGACUCUGGAAACAAAGCACAGCAAAGGAGGAAUCAAAAAGAUAAUAACAGAGAAAAUCAUUCCUACAUCAUUGGAGAGAAGUAAGAAAGAGAGAAAGGAUCCCCCCAGUACGCUAGAGCGAGAAAACGAAAAGAAUUUGAAACUUGCAAGUAAAGCUCGACAUUCUGAUAUUCCAUCUGGUUUAAGUAAACCAGAAAGAAACAAAAGUAGAAAUUCAACUGGAAGCGAUAUUCAAAUAAUUCAACCUGAAAAUGGGAUCACACACUAUGAACAUGCAGAAGUUCAAAAAAGAGAAUACGACCCUAAAAGAGGAAUGAAGUUUGGUAUCAGAGUUCUCCCGCCCAAUGUACCAGAUGAUGGAGUCCUAAAACAGAAAAGUGUUGAAAAUGGUACAGUCGUCCCUGAAAAGAAAUCAGUCGAUGAACCCGAUAAGCCAGAACUGCUAAAACAAGCACCGAUUACACAAAUCAAACACGAAAAUGAAGUUGAACAAAAGAAACCAGUUGUCGCUAAACGGAGAGAAAAAAUCGCGCCGCCAAUACCGAACGCGAGAGUAAAACCUUCCGAAUCAGACACAAAUACGAGCCAUGAAACUUCCAAAAUGUCUGAAAUAUCCUCAGUUUCAUCAUCAUUUAACCGAAGUGAUCUAAAUUCAAGUGGAAUAAAGAGAGAUGAAAAUGGAAUACCUCAAGAAUUACCUCAGCAUAUGUUCGACGCGGCCAAAGCAGCGAGGAGUAACAGGAAAAGUUCAGCAGAUCUAGUGCAAGAAAAAGAGAAACUUGAACACAAAAAAGAAGAAGCUCCAAAACCCGUAAAGAAAUCUAAAGGAAAAGCACCGUCGCCUCCUGAACCGGAAAAAAAUAAAAGCGAUGAUAGCAUAUUGGAGCAAAUGAAAAACGUGCAUGACUUCUUAAAGAAUGAGAAGCAUCAUUCGAGUCUCUUGCACGAUUCGAUAAUAUCUAAUAAUUCGAUGACGUCAUAUAAUACGUCUACACCAAAAGUAAAUAAGACAAAAUCACGUCUUGAAGAAUCCAUUAACUUUAGUCAAGACGAUAUCGAUGAUAUCGUUUCAAAGCCAUUCAAAAGAGAAAGCGAUUCUCUUAACAACUUUUUUGAAGAUUCAAAGUCCAACCUGUCCUCAAAUCAAGAUGUUCAUUCAGUGGUAUCUUUGAAUAAUAGUGACAAAAGUGAUAAAGGUUCUACAACUAUCGAAUUAAACAACAGUGAUAUUACUAUACACAGUUCUCCGUUAAACGACACUGGUCGUUCAACUUCGGAUGAUACUUCACUUUUAGAUGAGAAUGAGCGUAAAGCAGCAUCUCUUGGUGAUCUUUCUAGAUUCGAAUUAAGAGCUAAAACUAGUAAACCGUCUACAGGUACUUUAGAAAGGGCUCAGAGUUUAGAUAUCUCUGCAGAUGACGCUGAAAUACAAGAAAGUACGUUGUCGCCCAAGAAAAGAAAAGCAAUGUCUGUCGUUGAAACAACGUUCUUUGAAUCUGGUAACGAAGACAUGUUACCAGAAAUGAUAGAUGCUGAUAAAGGUGUGGUUCUAAAACAAAAAGAGCCUCGACUCAGUUUAAAUAUCGCCAAAACUUCCGCGAUGGAAGGACUUAACACGUUCCAAAGAAACCGACUAAAGAAAGCAUCGGAAUUUGGAAAUUUAGAGGAUGCAAUCGUAAAGGGUUCAAACAGCUCAGUGGAAUCCAGUCAACAUGGAUCACAAGAAAUUGUUGUACGAAAAUCUCAAACCAAUUUAGAUUUAUCUCAAGAGAGUGAAGGUCACGAGACAUCUGAUCAUUUGGCGCGUAGAAUUAUGGAUGAAAAUAUGAAAGUUCAUUUGAAACUUGUUUCUGAAUUCGCUAAAUCGACAUCUGAUGAUAGUAAUGCUAGUUCAGCUGACAAUAGUCAAGAGUCAGUAACAACAACUACAGUUACAAAAAAUACAGUCACAGAUAACAAGCCGGUUAAAUAUGAAGAAAAACUGACAAUGUCUUAUGACACAAACAUUCCAGACGAUAUGAAAGUAUCUCGCAGUUCAUACGUCAAUAGUUUAGAAAGACCAAAAUCUGAAAUGAUGAAGAAACUUCUUGCAAAGAACCCGAUUUUCAAUGUACACGUUGAUCAAACCGCACAAAAAUAUGAGGCGUCAACGAGUAAAGAAACACCUGCACUUACUGACUCUUUCAAAUCAACCAUGCAUCAACCCGACAUUGUUAACUUCGAUCUGAAAACAUCAACCGUUGUACCUAAAAACCGAGAUUACGACGAUUUUGUGAGUAAUAUCAGAGUCGGUUCAAACAAUAAUAGCUUGAAACACAACAAAAAGCCUCAAGAAUCAUUCACAACUGACUGGUCUGAGUCUAAGAACAGGCAGGAAAUUCAAAGCGGAAAUAUUGUUACAAUAUCGACUGAUGAUAAAAAUUUACCGACAGACAAACCUAAUUCUUAUACUAAAUCGAUAGAGAUUGGCGAAACUAGCUUGCGAUUGAUACCAGAUUUAGUUGAAGGCACAAAGACUCGUACAGAAGAUAAAGAAACGAGAACAUUAUACAUGGAACCAGCAAACGUUUCUUUAACCAUGAAACAAGAGCCAGUUCAGAAAACAGUUACUGUAAAUGUAACUGAAGACGAAUAUGGAAAUAAAGUUAUAACUCAGAAUGUUGAAAAAGUGUCAUCCCAAUAUAUAACUUCUAAAGUCGAAGCUCCUUUACAAGUUGAACAAAUGACGUUUGGUAUUAUGAAAGGUUCAGGAAACAUUAAAGAGUUGGAGUUAGAAGAAGGCAAUGUAAGAGACAUUAAUGAAAAGGUGCUUGAAGAUAUAAAACGACAAAAUCCAAACUUACAUUUUACAUCAACGGAACCAUCGUACACUAGAACAGAAACUAUAAUCUUAAAUACGACAGAUUUAAGUGAAGAAGAUGCGAAAGCGUUAAUGGCAAAACUGCAGAACGAUCCAAGCUUUAUGGCACAAAAAUCAUCUGAAGAACUAUCUCGCAUGGGUAUAAAAGUAAUUCAAGAUUUAGAAGACACAAAAACUGCAACCCAAGACCAUGUAGAAGUAACAAAAACUAGAUACACCAUAAACCCCACAACGUUAUCGACCAAACAAACUGUAAGCAUCGAACCGAAGGAAAGGGAAUCACAAAAGGACCACGUAACGGAAAUACAAGUGACAACACCAAGAAAUGAAAAUAACACAACCGAAAGGUCAGAAACAAAAGACAAGAUUUCAAGUAGACAAAGAGCACCUCCAGCUGUCAAAAAGUUUGAAGAACCGAUUCUGUCUUACGAAUUGGAUAUUGAUCUACUAAACGAUUUUAUGUCGAAUGAACGAUACCAUUCAGCGAAGCAACAAGUCGAUGUACGAAAACGAUUGAGUCAAUCAAGCGAACCAAAGAAACGACACUCAGAUUUCGACCUACCGAGGAACACUACUAUUAAAUUCCGCACAGCUACUUACGAAUCACCAAAGGGUACUAUCGUCACCAGCACUGAUUUAGAGAACAGGCGGUUAUCCCAACUGGAUCAAAUGCAGCUUCGAUCAUCUAGUGAUCAGCCAGUCACAAGCGAAAAACCUGUUAUUUCAGCUAAACCGAGCAACAUUCCCGUUAAAACGAUAGACAAAAAACCUUCGGGGGGAUUCGUUACGUCUAAAAUACCGGUAUUUGCAACGCAAAAGUCGCUAAGUCAAGAGAAUUUGUCCGAUAAGAGUUUUUCUUUGCCUCGCUCUCCGCCUCCAUCCCUAAGCAGUAGUUCUGGCAAUAUAUCGAUCACGUCCAUUAAGACCAGUUCUAGAAGUCCAAGCGGGGGUAGAUUAUAAACUUAGUACUAUCGUUAAAUUUCGGAAAACUUUGAUCAUAAAGUAGGUACAACACCAUCGGGGUUAAUAUAAGUUAUAUUAUGAAAUUAGUUUUAGUCAUUGAGAUUUUUUUAAUAAAAAAAAGUAAGUGCCAGAAAAAAAAAUAUAAAUUAUUUGCUUACGAAACGAAAUAAUGUGCCUUAUAAAUUUUAAAAUUUCUUAUAUUUUUCUCAUUUGUACGUGUGGAAUUAUUGUUUUCGGUUGUGAAAUAAAAUAUAUUUACUUAUUGUUAGACUUAGAAUACGCGUCACAAUUCGAAUAAUAAAAUUACAGAUAAACAAAAUGGAAGAUAAUAAAAGUUUUUAUUACAAUCUUACAGUUCCGUCCGAGAAGUAUUACCGUGUAAUAUAUAUUUUUAAUGUAGGUAUAAUACGUUUAUUAAGACAGGAAAUAACAUUCCAAUAAGUAUAUUUAUUAACCAAUUACAAAUUUAUUUUACCGAUGUGAAGGUAGAAAGUCUUCCAAUUUUCACAAUUUUAUUAUAAGUUGGUUGAAUGGAAGUAUGGUAUUCAAUCUGUAUCUAAGUUAUAAAAAAAAUUAAAUUAUAGAAAAAAUAUUUUCAAAA